UAUAUAUCUCUUCCGCCAUUUCUCGGUGCCAAAUCCUGCUCCGGGGUUUCUCCCCCUCCCCAGCCUAGGGUUCUCCUGGUUUCCCGGAAGCAUCCCUUUCGGCAGAGUCUUGGUGCUUUUCUUUUCUUGAAAUUAGCAGUCUUGGUGCUGGAUGCGCGGUGAUUCAUAUUCAUCCACCGCACAUGGCGAGCUGCCGCCGCUGACAUCCAUGACCACGAGGAGGACUCGGCAUGUUACUCUGCUGCUGUGCGCGAGCAGGAGGACCAGAAACCGGCCCACGCACUAGAAUCUUCUUCUGCUACAGACUUCCAGUCACACAAUGCACCCAUACCCGCUCAAAGGCUCCAAGGGGGCGUCGUUGCCGCCGCGGCCGACCCUCGUCUUCCUCAUCGCGCUCUUUGGCCUCUACGUGUGCUACCUCUCCUUCAAUCAGAUAAGGAUGGAGAGCAAGCAUGUGGAGGAGAAUGGUGCGCAAGAACAAGAUGAACAUGUUUGCACAAGGCCUUAUGUUCCAAGUGAGGAGCUGCCCUACGUGCACUUCCCAAAGCCAAAGGGUUACAGCAGGGCGGAAUGUUCGUGUAAUCCUGUUCGGUUCUUUGUGAUCGUGUCGAUGCAAAGAUCGGGAAGUGGAUGGUUCGAGACAUUGCUAAACAGCCACCCUAACAUCAGCUCGAAUGGCGAAAUAUUUAACAGAGUGGAUAGAAGACAAAAUAUAUCGUCUAUCGUACAAACACUCGACAAACUGUAUGACCUGGACUGGCUCACAAGUGCAGCAAAGAAUGAGUGCACGGCUGCAUUUGGAUUCAAGUGGAUGCUAAAUCAGGGCUUUAUGGACCAUCAUGAUGAUAUACUUAGUUAUUUGAACAAGAAGGGUGUCUCUGUGAUAUUUCUCUUCAGGAAAAAUACAUUACGCAGGCUUAUCUCUGUGUUGGCCAACAACUAUGACAGAGAUGCAAAGCAGCUGAAUGGAACCCACAAAUCUCACGUUCACUCGGAAGAAGAGGCCGAGAUACUCGCAAAAUUCAAACCAGAACUGGACGUGUCAACCCUGGUUUCAAACAUCAGGGAUGUCGAGAAGUACAUGGGAGACUGCUUGGACAGCUUCAACACGACACGGCGCAUGAUCCUCUACUACGAGGACAUAAUCAGAAACAGAAAUGCAUUAUUCCAGGUGCAGGAAUUCCUCGGCGUUCCGGUGAGGAAACUGGUGAGCAGGCAGGUGAAGAUUCAUACGCGCCCUCUUCCGGAUCUUGUCAGGAACUGGGAGGAUGUGAACAGCAGACUCAACGGGACAGAGUAUGCCCGUUUUCUCGAUGGCGCAGAUUACGUGAAGUGAUGCGUUCGGUAAUAUAUGGUACGCACACUCGUGCGUAUUCGAGAAGAAGUAAUGCGUUCGGAAUUCUGAUGUAGGUUCAAGAUCAUUUGCAAGGGAUUCUUCAGACCACAGAGUAGUGGAAGUCUGUAGACCUGUAGUCUCCAGAGGAUUGAUUAUUUUGUACAAUGAGGUAGUUAAAGUGCAUGAAGCUUAGAGAUCGAUAUAUGGAAAUAAUAGGGCAAAACUGUACAGUUUUUAGGCUAUGUCUUAACAUAUUUUCAGCGGUUCAUUA